GAUGUUUUACAAGCGUUCGAUAAUUAUUGUGUCCCGUUAAAAAAUGUUACCAUGGAAUCAUUCAAAUAUAACACCAUCGUCCAACGGGAAAAACAACCGUUUGCUGAAUUCGAAACAGAACUACGCAAACAAAUUCAAUACUGUGAAUUCAAAUGUCAUUGCGGUGCUUCAUAUGAAGAACGGAUGCUGAGAGACCGCAUCAUAAUUGGCAUUGCAGAUAAGAAGUUACAACUUAAGCUUCUUGAUGGAAGAAAUGAAUCACUGAAAACUGUGGUGGACACCUGCAAGGUAUUUGAAGCUGCCUACACCAACAAAAAACUUUUGGAAACCAAUCAACAACAACAAGUUCACCAUGUUACAAGUGAACAACCAACAUUAUCGGACUCUAUCAAUGCGAUUUCUCGUCACUGUUAUAACUGUGGACAUCAACCAUUUUCAACAGCACAUUUGCGGGAAUGUAAAGCAAACAACAUCGUCUGCAGCACAUGUGGAAAAAAGGGGCACUUUAGUAAAUGGUGCAAAAAGGGAAGCAACAACAAAAUGGGAAGCAAAACGGAAAACAAAAAACUGGACAACAAGUUGGAUAAAAAAGCUGUAAAAGCCCUUUCUGGAGGGAAUUCUUGGAUUGAAUCAGACUCAGAUUAAGUAAGAAUAUGUCAAUUAAUUCAAGAUGGACUAAGAAGUACCAAAUUAAUAAUGAAAUUGUGGAAUUUAAAAUCGAUACCGGUGCAGAUGUGAACUGCGUCCCUCUGAGUUUAAUUAAAAAAAUUAAUAUUAAAUUGAAUAACGAAGAAAAAAAGUUUUGUGUUACCGAUUAUAAUGGGAAUGAAAUAAAAGUUUUUGGUUCUGUUAAAUUAAUUUGUGUUGAUCCAAUUUCUCAAACGGAACAAUCUGCUCUAUUUUUUGUUGUUGACGAUACAUGUGAGCCCAUACUUGGCUUGAAAACGUCUAUUACGUUUAAUUUAAUAACAAGACUAGAUGUGAAUACUCUCGUUUGUUUACCAAAGACUGCGGAUAAAUUCAUUACUGAAAAUAAAGAUCUUUUUGGUGGGUUAGGCGCAUUGCCGGGCAACGUAAAUAUUAAAUUAGUGGAAAACGCAAAACCAGUUUUAAAUUACAAAAAACGUAUUCCUUUAAGUUUAGUAACAAAAUUAAAGCAGGAAUUAAAAGAAAUGAUUCGUAUAGGAGUCAUCUCACCAGUUGAUUACGCUACUGAGUGGGUGAAUAAUCUUCAGGUUGUUGAAAAACCUAAUGGAAAGUUGCGUCUAUGCCUAGACCCCAAACCAUUAAAUGCCUGUAUUAAGAGGGAACAUUUUUUAAUUCCAACCAUAGAUGAUUUUAUUAGCAAAUUAAAUGGAAAACGAGUUUUCACGGUACUUGAUUUGGCAAGUGGGUUUUGGCAUAUGAAACUCGACAAAAGUAGUUCUGAUCUCACUACAUUCAUGACUCCGUUUGGUAGAUAUAAAUUCAAUAGGGUACCUUUUGGCUUAAACUGUGCUCCUGAAAUUUUUCAGCGCAAAAUGGUACAAAUAUUUGGUGACAUUCCCGGGGUUGUAGUGUAUUUUGAUGAUAUUGGAAUUGCUGGGGAAACGGAGUCAGAACACGAUAGUAUAUUAAAAAUUGUCAUUGAACGUGCGCGUGCGAACAAUAUAAAGUUUAAUUCAGAAAAAAUUCA